AUGCCAGAGGGGAAUCAAAGCAGAGUAACUGAAUUCAUAUUAACUGGAUUUCCUGGACUCCAUCCACAAUAUUAUGGUCUCACUUCUGCUGUAUUAUUUUUAGUCUAUGUGGUAACUGUGAAAGCAAAUGCUGCAGUUUUUUUCUUAUUUGCAUCCAACAAGAGUCUUCACAAACCAGUGUACUACAUCAUUUUAAAUGUGUCUGCCUGCGACCUUCUCUUUAGCACAACAACUUUACCUAAAAUCAUCAGUAGAUACUGGUUUCAAUCAGGGAGCAUUUCUUUUACUGCUUGUUUUGUCCAGAUGUACCUUGUCCACUAUUUGGGUUCAGUAAAUUCUUUUAUAUUUUCACUGAUGGCUUUUGAUAGGUACUGUGCCGUCUGUCAUCCACUCCGAUAUACAGCUAUUGUUACAAAAUUCACAAUCCAUAUCCUCAGUGUGACUGCAUGGAUUAUUACUAUUCCAAUCCCUCUAAUGAUGGUGAUUAGAGCAUAUCCUCUUCCUUACUGUGCAUCAAACAUAAUCAAUCACUGUUACUGUGAUCAUAUUGGAAUAACAGUUCUGGCCUGCACAGACAGAAACCCUUAUUCUUUUCCAGCUUUUGUGGGUGCAAUGAUUACACUGUUAGGACCACUGGCCUUUAUUCUUUUCUCAUACUGCUCAAUAUUUAUAGAAAUAAGUAAGGUAACAAAUUUGGGAAACUUUGGAAAGUCUCUGUCAACAUGUAGUACCCAGCUGAUAAUAAUCUCACUUUACUAUGUACCUCGAUGUUUUGUGUAUUUUGCUAGUCAAGUGGGGAUUAAUUUUAGUGCUGGUCUACGAAUAGUAAUCAUAAUGCUUUAUAGCCUUGUCCCUCCAAUGAUAAAUCCACUCAUAUAUUGCCUAAGAGCUAAAGACAUCAGAGAGUGUUUGAUGAAACAGUUCUACUUAGAAAAGUCCAGGUUUCAGCAAUUCACAUUGAACAGACCAGUGCAUUAA